CGUACUGAAUACGCGCACUCAUAAAGACGCAUUAAAAAUUGUUUAUGCAGUCUGGCAUUUGGCAACCGGAACUCAAAAACUUGAGGUUUUGAUUUCUGAUUCAAAACAUUCCGAGAAUCCGAAGUUUCGGACAGCAUUAUGUCGAUUAGGAAUAACACGAUGCAGCGACUUAUCCCAUGUAUGGAAUAAAUUGAGAAGAUUUGAAAGUCCAGAUUCCCUCUAGAUGUUAAGUGAUUAGAAAGUUCUUGAUGGGGGCAUUUCUGAGUUUUGCUGGUAACAGGUUCAGGGCAAAUGAGUAUUGUGAGGUUCCACAAAACGAAACUUGCAAGAGGCAAAGGAUGUCAUCAAGUUUUAAUGAUGAGAAUCUGAGACUGAUUCCCAGUCUUCCGGAUGAGAUAUCAAUGCAGAUUCUAGCUAGAGUUCCCAGGAUUUGUUACUUGAGUAUUAAGAAGGUGUCAAGGAGCUGGAAAAUUGCCAUCACGAGUCCUGAACUUUUCAAUUUGCGAAAAGAGCUUAGAACAACAGAAGAAUGGCUUUAUAUAUUGACUAAGGUUGAUGAUGAUAAGCUUCUAUGGUAUGCGUUGGAUCCUUUGUCCAGAAAAUGGCAACUUUUGCCACCGAUGCCCAACUUUGCUUGUGAAGAAGAUUCUAAGAAGGGGUCAUCUGCUAUUCGGAUGUGGAAUGUGGUUGGGUCAAGUAUUAAGAUUGCAGAUGUAAUAAGGGGCUGGCUUGGACAGAAGGGUGGAUUGGAUCAAAUGCCCUUUUGUGGUUGUGCUAUUGGGGCGGUUGAUGGCUCCCUCUAUGUUUUAGGUGGAUUCUCUCGAUCUUCUGCAAUGAGGUGUGUCUGGAGAUUUGAUCCAGUUCUAAACGUUUGGAGUGAAGUGAGCUCUAUGUCAAUUGGUAGGGCGUAUUGUAAGACGGGCAUCUUGAACAACAAGCUUUAUGUUGUUGGAGGGGUUAGUAGGGGUCGAGGUGGUGCUCUGACUCCUCUUCAAUCCGCUGAAGUAUUUGACCCUCACACUGGGGAGUGGUCGCAAGUACCAAGCAUGCCAUUCUCUAGAGCUCAGGUUUUACCUAUUGCCUUCUUGGCUGACAUGCUAAAACCUAUUGCCACUGGGAUGACUUCAUACCGCGGAAGGUUAUGCGUGGCACAGAGUCUGUAUUCCUGGCCCUUUUUUGUUGAUGUUGGAGGAGAGAUAUAUGAUCCUGAAAUGGAUUCAUGGGUUGAAAUGCCAACUGGAAUGGGCAAGGGUUGGCCUGCGAGGCAAGCAGGGACCAAAUUGAGUGUUGUAGUGGAUGGGGAGCUUUAUGCAUUGGAUCCCUCUAGUUCUCUAGAUAGUGGUAAGAUCAAGAUAUAUGAUCAUCAAGAGGAUGCAUGGAAAGUAGUUGUAGGGAAGGUUCCUAUUCGGGAUUUCGCUGAUUCAGAGUCUCCAUAUUUACUUGCUGGUUUUCUAGGGAAGCUUCAUGUCAUUACGAAAGAUGCCAACCAUGAAAUUGCAGUUCUGCAGGCUGACCUCCAUAAUCAAUUAAGUUCUUCUCCAUCAGCUUCAUCUCCCUCAGAAAGAACCAUGGGUGCAAGUUUCCCGGCCAGUGGUUCAUCAAUACAUUCUGAUGUGCUUCCUAUGACUACUGCAAACUCUGUAUAUCAACAGCAAGACUCAAUGGCACAAGCAGAAACCAAAGUCUGGAAUGUUAUUGCCACUUGGAACUUUGGGUCUGCCGAGCUGGUUAGCUGUCAAGUACUUGAUAUCUAACAGUAUUAGCAAGCUUACACCAGGACUUGUUUGUAUAAGGAUAAAGGUCAGAAGUAGUUUUUGGUGACCGUUUCUGAUCAGCAGGUGUUUAAUUUAUCUGGGCAUUAUGAAAGUCAUAGUAAUACCUGUGCUGUCACUGUAUCAUUGCAAGGAUGGUGGUUAAUGAUCAUAAUAGGCUCCUGCUGAUACAAGUAGAUGGACUGCCCGAGUUUAGUAAUAAUCCUUUUUGAAGUUUCAUCAGAAAAUUUGGAUGUGACAUCUUAUUUGAUGUAUAUGAAGAAGGUUGUUUCGUAUUUGAAUCUGAGGGUCUUGCUGCAUGAAUUGAUUUGUAAGAUGUUUGUGCAGGUAUGGUGUAUUUACCAUCUCUAAUAGGGGAAGACUUUGUCUCCUCUCCUCGUUUGGGAAUUGGCGAUAUUAGUGAUAAAUCUUCUCCUUUCUUGUAUUUAUGUAAUAAAAUUCUUGCAAGAUAAAUGAAAAUAGGUUUGUAAAGAGAGAGAACUACCUUAAUUAAUGCUGCAUGACUCUGCUUCAAGUUUCUGUUA